GUGCUAUUGCGUAAAGCCCCCCUGGUAGCGCGUACCACUGAGUCGGAAACAAGCACAAUAGAGACUCACGAAGUUCCUUCUUUGGAAAUAUAACCGUGUGUGUUUGUGGUGAUGUGAGUCAGUGGGGUGGUUUAAUGCCAGGCCUACAGGUUAAUGCUGGAUUGUUUUUGUUUAUGCGCAAGAACCAGAACAUUUCACUGGAAACAAAUUUAGAGAGUGAAAUUCUUUUGUAAUCUCUCUGAGUCAGAAAUUGCACCCCGGACAGAAGUGUGUGGCGAUAAUUUGGUGUCUGCUGGGAGUGGCGCUCUGUUCGGCAAGGUAUGAGAAAAGAUAUCUGUCAGUGAGGACAGGAGAGAGCGGCAUUGUAGCAGAGUGGAAGUUUUAUUUCGGACAGUUGUUUUCACCUCCCGCUCUCUCAUGGCGUAUGCGGCAUACUGGAGCAGUACUCAUGGAAAAGCAGAUCCUUGCACAGCUGAAGUCAAAAAGAGUAGACAGACUUCAGCCUUCUAUCCCACUGCAGGGUCCUACUAUGACAAGUCGCAGUCCAGCCAGACAACACCCAAACCGGCAGCUCAGGUCUCUACUGGAAAGCCUGCACAGUUUGAGACGCCAACAUCGGGAUCUGGAAUGGCUACCAAGCCUGAGGCGGUUACCACGACAACAGGAGGAAGCUCUAAUGUUGCAACAGCAGGGAAAGCGGCACCUAAAGCCAAACCAGAGACUGCACCUGUCUCCCAAGCCAAAGUCGCACCUACAAUCCCUCCCACUGCUGGCACUGCAGCAGCCACUUCUGUGGCCGCUCCUAAAGAGUCACCUAAGGACACGGCUAAGAGUGCCACUGCUGCCACAGUAGUCAAAGCUGAUGUUCCUAAAGUUGAUCCUGCUAAAACAUCAAAGCCAGCUGCAGCAGGCACAGCUGCGGCUGGAAAUGUGUCUGUGCAAGGCAAAAAGGAAGAAGCUAAAUCAGCGCAAACAAAGGUUCAGGCGGAAGUUACAUCCACAGCAGCUAAAGGAGCCCAACAGGCACCUCCGGUGGAUGCAAUCGACGAGCUGGCCAACAUACUACCAUCAACUGAUUCGUUCGCUCGCCCAGAGCCUGUGUUCACGGGGCCAGAGGUCAAAGAGCAUGACAUCACCUCUGAGAAAGGUCAGAAGUGUGGAGAAAGGGACGACACACUGCCUCCAAACUACAGAUUCAAAAAUACGGGUCGAGCUCCUGCAGAUGCUAAACCUGUGGAUGUCCCUAAACCACUGAGCACAGACGCGGCCCUUGAUUCCCUUUCAGCUGAUUUUAAAUCAACUGGUCAGCCUGGACCCAAGAAACAAGAGCAAAAGGUACAUGUUGAGACUAUAAGUGCCUCUUCUGCUGGCCCUGCGAACUUUGCACCUCCUCCUGUGAAGAAAGCGGAAACUCCUGCAGCAGUUCCUCCUAUGGCGGCUCCUCCAGCUGAUAAAAAAGCUAAGAUGGAGAAAGUCUCAGAUGACUUCUCACUGGAGGCUGGACUCUCUUCUUCCAGCACGAAAGCAGUAUCUCCUGCGGCUGCUCCUGCUGAUAAGAAAGCCAAGAUGGAUAAAACCACUCCUGUCAAGGCUGGACUGGAUACCAAAGCAGGCACCAAGCCCAAGACCAGUGAGGGUGACUCCAUGUCUCUGGAUGCUCUCGGUGCUCUGUGUGACACACUACCAAAAGAUGCACCAAAACCUGAACCCCCCAAAGUCAGACCUCAGGACAUUGUAUCGGAGGGAAAAGUGAAGAGCGAGAAGGGUGUACGUGUAGGAGAGAGGGAGGACACGCUUCCUCCAGAUUACAGGUUCAAAGAGGAAGACCUCAAAAAACUGCCUCCUCCAAAACCCGAGCCCAAGAUGGACGCUGAUGAUGCUCUGGACAUUUUGUCUGGGGACUUCAGUACUGCUUCAACAGCUCCUGCUGUCCAGGCUCCUGUCUGCUCCUCAGCUGCUCCUGUGCAGAAAUCUCCCGCUCCUCCCACUGAUAAGAAAGCCAAGGUGGAGGCUGGACUCUCAGCAACUACUGCUAAGAAAGUGGAAUCAGCUGCAGCUCCUCCUGCGGCUGGGCCCGGUGCUCCUUCUGCUGAGAAGAAAGCACAACAACACAAACCUGCCGCUGGGAAGGACACCAAACCAGAGACCAACAAGGGUGGCUCCAUGUCUCUGGAUGCUCUCAGUGCUCUGGGCGACACAUUACCAGCAGAUGCACCAAAACCUGAAUCCCCCGAACUCAAACCUAAAGAUAUCGUCUCUGAGGGCAAAGUGAAGGCGGAGGAGGGUGUACGUGUAGGAGAGCGAGACGACACUCUUCCACCAGAUUACAGGUUUAAAGAUAAAGACCCCAAAAAACUGCCACCUCCAAAACCCGAGCCCAAGAUGGACACUGAUGAUGCUGUGGACAUUUUGUCUGGAGACUUCAGUUUAUCAUCAGCUCCUCCUCUUGUCGUCUGCUUGCCACCUGCUCCUGUCGUCUGCUUGCCACCUCCUCCUCCUGUCGUCUGCUCCAUAGAUCUUCCUCCUGUCGUCUUAUUCGAAGCUCCUCCUCCUGUCGUCUGCUACGCCUCUCCUAAACUGUUCAAAGAAGUGUCACCUGUACUUUCUGAAGAGUUUGUGGCUUCAUCUGAGGCUUCUGGAGUUCAUGCACCAGUCCCUCCUCCAUCACAGAAGCCACCAGAGAAAACAGUCUGUCCCGUGGAACAACCUAACAAAGUCGAUGUAAGCACACAACAGACAAAGCCCAAAAUUGAGAAGGGUGACUCCAUCUCUCUGGAUGCUCUCAGUGCUCUCAGCGAAACACUGCCAACAGAAGCACCAAAGCCAGAGUCUCCAGAACUCAGACCUGAGGAUAUUGUCCCCGAGGGCAAAGUCAAAAAGGAGAAGGGUGUGCGUGUAGGAGAGAGGGAGGAUACACUUCCUCCAGAUUACAGAUUUAAAGAGGAAGAUCUCAAAAAACUGCCUGCUCCCAAACCUGAGCCCAAGAUAAAUACUGAUGAUGCUCUGGAUAUUUUGUCUGGAGACUUCAGCUCUUCAGCCGCUCCUGCUGUCCAGGCUCCUGUCGUCUGCUCGUCAGCUCCUCCUGCACAGGCCUCUGCAGACGCUGCUCUUAAGUCCUUGGCCGGAGACUUGGUUGCCUCCAGCGCUGCACCGGCAGUGAAGUCAGAACCUCGUAUUCCUACACAAACAAAGCCACAGCUGGAAGCUGGAGCAGACAAUGCCCUUGAUGCUCUGUCAGACACCUUGGGGGACAUCAAACCUGUCCCUCAGCCCGCCCCAGGUCCUGUUAAAGAUCCCGUCAAGGAGAAAACGAUUGCUGAGGAGAAGCUUAUUAAAAUGGGAGAGAGAGAUGACGCACUACCACCAGAGUAUCGACCCACUGAGGAAGACCGUAAGAAAAUGGAAGAAGCAAAGAAAAAAGCUGCCACCAUCCCCAAGGAGAAGAGUAUGGAUGAAACAACAGCCUUAGAAAUGCUGUCCAGUGACUUCUCUGAUGCUCCCAAGCCUGGUGCACCGGUCACCUCGUGUGCUGCCACAACAAAGUUGGAACCUCCUGCGCUGGACUCAGCUCCUCUGAAGCCGAUGGCUGGUCCUGUUCUGGAGUCCCUGUCUGAUACCCUGCUUCCAGAUCCAGUAAAAGGCAAAUCUAAAACAGACAAACCAAAGGGAAAAAGCAAGUCAAAGCCAAAAUCUAAAAAACAACAAGCAGAGGAACCAUCUGCCCCUGACCAGCUAUCAGCUCAGAGAAGCUCAGACGUUGUGCCAACUUCUACAAAGAAGGGAGCCAAGAGCUAGGUCACAUGGUUGUCGCUUUAAAUCUGUCCUCCAGGCCACGUGGACGCAUCGGUGAGGGAGCUGCUCUCUGGAUAACGAUUCUAUUUUUGUAAAUUGUUAAGAAUGUAUAUUGGAGUCAAGAAAAAACCUACACAUACCCAUAACAUUUACGCAAUGCACACACAUAGAAGCACAAACGGACAUGCACGCACACUUAAACAGCUAUCUGCUUUACAGUUCAAAGAUAAGAAAUUUUGUUUUGGGUUUUUUUGGGUUUUUUUUAGAGAAUAUAAAAGAGACUUUUAAAAACUGGAUGGAAAUGAAAGAAGUGAAACUGUGGGAAAACUUUUUGGGUGCCAAGAAUCACGCAUGUACAUCACAGUUGACAAGUGGGGUUUUGUUUGUUUAGUUUUUUCCUUUUUCCUCCAGCAAAACACUUCUAUUUCAACACCGGUGACCUAAACCUCCUGGUGUUGUGACAUUAGUCGGAGCAGUGGAGACUGUCAACUUGUGUGAGAGCAGUAUGGAGUAGGUGUAUAGCACCAGGAAGUUUUGUGCAAUCCAGAUGUGCACACACACAAAAAGUUUUUCUAUCGUGAUUGGACACCAUUACAUAAGACACUAGUGUACAGCUUAGUUCGCUUAUAUUUUAAACAAUACAUAGUUUACAUUAUUGAAUAUGUGGAUUUCCCAGGAGGUGUUCUAAUUAAUUCUGUAUUGGAGAGCUUUUUGCAAAUGCCUCUCUUUAAACAGAGCAAUAUCUGUCAAGUAGAAGGUCUUUUUCUGUGUAUUUGGGUUUGCAGAAAGGGGGGAAAAAAGACGUUCAAAAGUGCACUUAUUGAAGCAGGAUGUUUACAAGCUUUGUAAACUGCCGUUGUUUGUGAGCUGUAAAAGAGUUUUGCUCUACGUAACACAACACUGUAAUUUACAAAGGGCUAUUGCUUUCAAUUGUAAAGUUAGUCACUAUAAUUCCACCCUUUUUUUUGUAGAGUUAAGCCAAGAUAUGAGAUGUAUAAGGGGAAAUGCUAACUAAAUUGAAAAAAAUAAAUACAUAAAUAAAUCAUGCAGUAUCGUUUUAUUAUUAUUGUACCUUAAAAGAGAAACAAAAGAUAACAUUAACUGACUUAAUAUGCUGGAGAAAAUAACUAGAUAUUGUAGGAAAGGUGAACAAACAAUGUGUUUGUAAAGGUGCAAGGGGAAAUGUGUAUGUAUUAAAGUGCGUGGGAGUGUAAUCUCCUAUGAAAGAAUUUUUUUAUCCGCUUGACUUGUGGUUUUGCGCUCUGCUUACAGUUGUAGCACCCCACUUCCUUUAGACUCAAGGGGGGGGGGGCUUAGAAAACAAAUGUCUUUUGCUCAAAUCUACUUUUAUGCCAAGACCCUGAAUGACUGAUGGGAAUCCAAAUGAGUGGGUUUGAUGUGUGGAAAAAUAAAAUCUAAUAAAGACAAAUACAGUUCAUUGAAGAAGGAA